UGCAAAAACCAUCACAAAACAUCAUGCUGAGGAUGGCAGAGGACAUUCAACCUACCAAGGAGCACAGCUCCUGGAUAUUAAGUUGGCUUCCCUCUUGGUGCCCCACUUCUCCCUCUCAGCUGAAAGAUGCAGAGGAAAAAAUGCUCAAGAAUGUGAAGCAGCCUUUCUCUAGGCAACAUAUCUGCAUAUCCAACAACAACUAUCUGUGGACCUUAGCGUUUUCCACCCAGCCACAGCCAUGUUCUCCCCCCGAGCCCCCAGCCCAGUCCAGAUCUCCUCUGGUUCUGCUGCAUGGCUUUGGAGGCGGGGUUGCCCUUUGGGCCCAAAACCUGGACUCCCUCUCCAGCAUCGGACCGGUCUACGCUCUGGACCUGCUGGGCUUCGGCAGGAGCAGCCGCCCCCAGUUCAGCACCGACCCGGAGGGGGCCGAGGAGCAGUUUGUGGAGGCGCUGGAGGAGUGGAGGGAGGAGGUGGGACUGGAGGAGAUGGUGCUGCUGGGACACAACCUGGGAGGAUACCUGUCUGCUGCCUACACAUUCAAAUACCCACACAGGGUAAAACAUCUGCUGCUGGUGGAGCCGUGGGGUUUCCCAGCACGCCCAGAGAACCCCAACGACAACUCCUUCCCGGUGUGGAUCAGAGCCAUGGGGGCCGCCAUGAGCCCCUUCAACCCUCUGGCUGGACUCAGACUGGCCGGGCCUCUAGGUCCAAUGCUCAUCCAGACAAUCAGGUCGGAUUUCAAGCAGAAAUACUCCUCCGUGUUUGACGACAACACAGUGUCCGAUUACAUCUACCAUCUGAAUGCCCAGACUCCGAGUGGAGAAACGGCCUUUAGGAACAUGACCAUCCCCUACGGCUGGGCCAAGAGGCCCAUGGAGGAGAGGAUCCACCAAAUCCAGGCUGACAUUCCCGUUUCCUUCAUCUAUGGAUCGCGCUCCAGCUUUGACAGUGACUCUGGAUACGCGUUCAGGAAAACCAGACCAGAUGUGUACAUCAUGGUGAUCAGAGGAGCAGGCCAUUACGUUUUUGCCGACCAGCCGGAUGAAUUCAACCAGACCGUCCUUCAGAUCCUCACUGGGACGGGGGAGAGAAGCCAAGAUGAGGGAACAAAUCACCGAGCGCUCCCUCCUUCAGACGACACGCACACACAGGAGUUUGACUAACCCAAACCCAGUACACAGCCUCAGCUUCUUAACUGUAAGCCUCUUUAUCCUGCACUUUACUCUUAAGAGAGAACCAUCGCUGACU